AUGUCUAGGAGAUCUCUCACAACAUCCCAUCACCGAUAUUACGCUGCUAUCGUAAUAUUACUCUUUCCGAUUCCUUCACUAGUUGUCUACAUUUUAGUUUUGAAGGAACUAGCUUUUUAGAAUACCUUAUUUAAAAUGACAAUUGCAAACUUUUCGUUUUGUUAUUUUAUUACAUCGCUCGCUUAUUUUAAGGUUUAUCGAAUUAUUCGUCGACACCAGCUUCAAAUUCAGGCCAACGGAACAUCUCAGAACAUUGGUCAACCCGCAAUAGACUUAGUGAAGUAUAAGAAAUCUGUGGCAACUAAGCUAUAUAUCUUUUUUCUAUUCUCUUUGUGUUUCUUACCUUCUUUUGUGUCUAGUGUGGCAGCUCUUAUAACUACAGCUGAGCUGACAAGAAGCGCUAUGAGGCUAUCACUAGUGCUCGUAUUUCUGUCUUCGUCACUCAACCCGGGGUUGUACAUUUGGUGA